AUUACAUGUAUUAUCCGGCACUCCGGUUUCCUUUUCUACGUAUAGAAACGUUAUUACAAAUAUAAACAGUUAUUAGUUCCAACACUGUUGUAAUAUAUUUCUUCAAUUUAAUAAUCAUUUUAGUGCAUUUAAAUAAACUAACAAUAUGUUACCUCUAUCAUUAUUAAAAACUGCCCAGAAUCAUCCGAUGUUGGUUGAAUUAAAAAAUGGUGAAACAUACAAUGGGCACUUAGUGACUUGUGAUAGUUGGAUGAAUAUCAAUUUACGAGAAGUGAUCUGCACCUCAAAAGAUGGAGAUAGAUUUUGGAGGCUUCCAGAAUGUUAUAUCAGAGGUAGUAUGAUUAAGUAUUUGAGAAUACCAGAUGAAAUAUUUGAUAUGGUGAAAGAAGAUAUUGUUGUUAACAAAGCCCGAGGUCGUACUGAUAACCAGAAAAAUCGUGCUCCAAGAGGUGCUAGACAAGGGUUUGGUGGACGAGGAGCUGGUGGUAACAACCGAGGUGCUGGACAACAAAGAGGUGGACCUAAUAAGUUUAGGGGUGCAAAAUGAGUUUUAUAUUUUAUAUUUAAGUUGUAUUUAUAUAAAAUGUGUAUAUUUAUAUUCAGUAAUGUACUAAUGUUUAAAAAUUCUCAUGUGAUUCUUCUAAUAAAACUACAUCAUCUGCAUAUGAUAGUAAUCCUAUUGAUGAA